AUUGUGAUUGGCUGAUGUGUGGAAGAACAAUUUCCCGCUAAUUGGUUGUUUGCUGCUAUUGGUUGCUCAGGACCUGAGACUGUAGAAGAGAGUCUUGACAUCGACAUAAUACUAGCCAUGCACGGUACAUGAUGGUUAUAUUGCAGGCUUUUUAGCGGAGCUGAUGUUGUUCCUUCUUAGCCAACGCCACCAUGCGAGUGCUGUUCAGCACGCUUUUGCUAGUACAAGCCGUACUUUCGAAUCAAUCAGAUAUCCUCUGCUGUAAACAAACUUCUGGUUUUAAGCAAUGUAAAAGUGCUUGUAACAAGUUUGUCUCGCAGACCGAAGUAAAUUUACGUCUUCGUGCGUUAAAAGAGCUUCCAAAGUUCUGUCCUGGGCAUUUGACGAAGCUUUGGCGCUGCUUGAACGAAACGAAUCCAGGAACUAGACAAUAUCUAGAAUCAAAGUUACCAAACAAGGCUGGUGUGUGUUGCCUGAUGACAUCAACGUCAAAAUGCCGUAGAGACUGUUUAAAUGGAAACAAACAAGCUUUGAAUACUAGCUGCUCAGAUAUACAUUUAAUAUCUUGUGUGACAAGACAUGAUGCUACAGCAAAUUGUUGCCAAGGAGCUUCAAAAAGCUGUAUCAAAGCUUGCAAAUUGCUUUUGGCAUCACAACCAGCUAGUAAAAAUAAUUUACUACAUAGAGUUAAAAAAAAUUGCAAGAUGGGAGGACGUCAUGUUUUUGAAUGUGCUAAAAAACAUGAAUCCACCACAAAGAACCCUGAUGGUUAUAAGCAAUUGAAAUGCUGCUCAAUUGUAAAGGAUCCUGUAUGUAGAGAAAGUUGCCAAAAGGGACAUUUAAUAAAAAAUUUGCAAGAAGCCAUGGAUUAUCUGACUAAGGCAUGUGGCAGUCCUUUGGGAAAAAAGGAGAAUAAUGCAAUGUGGAACUGUUUCUUGAAAGUCGAGGGACCAACAGAAAUACCUUUUAGUGAAGAGACGAUAAGUCCACUUACAGGUACACCCAAAAUGGAUGGAGCUAAGCGACAUUGCUGUCCAAAGGCUGCUUCAACAAAUUGUUUUUGGCUUUGUGUAAAAAUGUUUAAAUCUCGAUGGAGUGCCUCCCAAACUUAUCCUGAGUUUGACAUGAAGUGUGCCUACCAGCCAUCAGAAGUGAACUUGAUGAAUUGUUUAGCUGAUGUAACAAAGCCUUGCCAGCUUGGCUGCACUGGACUGAACUUCUGCACCAACUUCAACAACAGGCAUACAGAACUGUUCCGUAGUUGUGAUGCCAAGGCAGACUCGUAUGCAAAGAGUCACAUGCAACAUUGGAGUAAAGGAAUCAUCAAUGUUCCUGGGAUGCCCAUUCUUGUACAGGACAUCAAAAAAUGUUUGCCUGAUACAUGGAAGGCCAUCGCUUGUUUACUACAGAUCAAACCAUGUAGUAUAAAAUCCCAUAGAAGUACAAUCUGCAAGUCAGAUUGUAUUGAGAUUUUACAAAAGUGUGGUAAUUCAAGUAGUUACUCUAAUUUAAAGAAAGUUGAAGAAGUUUGUAAUAAGUUAUCACCCAAUGAAUCCAACUGCAUUUCCAUUAAUAGCUAUCUGAAGCCUAGUAAAUAUAAAGAUGUCACUGAUGAAGUUACUCAUCCCUGCAACCCAAAUCCAUGUGAAAAGAAUAAGAUGUGUGAUAUAAAUAGAACUUGUUAUGCCGCAUCAUUAGAUGGCUGCGAACCACACAAUUGCGUACCAGGCUGUCCACUUGGAGAUGCUUCAAAUUUCCUCGUUAGGAUGGGAGAAUACGCAAGAGUACCUGUAGAUUCUGGUCGUGAAGGAUGUUUUAGAGUUUGUCACUGUGGAGGGCAAAGCAGGUUAACAAGUUGUACAAUCUUGAACUGUGUGCCCAGGAGGGACUGUCCAAUAAAAAGCCAAAAGGAACUAACAAAAAAAGAACAUGGAGAGAGGUUCAUGGUUGGCUGUAACUUCUGUGCCUGUUUUGCUGGAGAGUUGAUGUGUACAAAAAGACAGUGCCUUGAGCCACCAUCACAGAUCCCAGAUGUAGAAACUGAAGGUCGCCCAAAAAGAAACCAAACACCUAUGUUUACAGGAUUGCCAUGUGGUUGCGAUUCAAAGCAUAAUCCAGUGUGUGCUUCUAAUGGACAGACAUUCCCAAAUCUAUGUAUUGCAAGAUGUGCUGGGUUCAAAGAUUCCCAACCAGGAAGCUGUGAAUCCUUUGAUCCAUGCAAAAAUAACCCAUGUUCCAAGGGACAACGGUGUUUGAUAGACAGGAAGACAUGUCUGACACCAACAGACUCUUGUAAUCAGUACUUUUGUGUUCAAGAAAGUUCAUAUUGUAAGGACAUGCAGUUAGAGCCAGUUUGUGACAACGAAGGACAACAGCACCCAAACCUUUGUUCUAUUCACUUCAAGGGCAAACAACUUGCUUACAAAGGUUUCUGCAAGCCAUACUGCAGCCAACCUACCAAACCACUAUGUGGCAUCAAUGGAGAAACCUACAGUAGUGUAUGUGCAGCCACCUCGUCAAGAGUUAUAGUAGACUAUGAGGGGCAUUGCAGAGCUAUUGGUCAUCAAGUUGUAUCAAUCAGUGAAGGCAGAUGUAAAGAUGUCAAGUGUCCACCAUUAGUGCCAGCCAACUGUGUUGGGAUCCACCCACCAGGGGCAUGCUGUCCUCAUUGUGCUGCUCAAAUAAGAAUCUUGGUCAGCUUGACGCAGCUAAGUAUAAACAGUGAAGGAUUACAAGAUCAUUAUAAACCCAUAACUCUAGAGCAUCUACUUGUGGCACUCAGACGGCAUGUCACCACGACUGAGUGUGACUUGUUUGGAUAUCAAAGCAUAGAAGGGGAUCUUGUUAUAUUAAUCAAGGCAAUCACUAAUAAACCCACAGUAUUACAGAUUGAGGCUUGCAGUCUUGAAGCACAAAGAAUAGAAGCACUCAUAAAUACUGGAAGUCCAUCAUUCACUUCCCAUGUUAUUCUUUCAACCUUGAAAGCUGCCGACACCCAAACUCCAUCAUUAUCUCUGCGGCAAACACAAGCCUCUAGCACAAAUCAUCUCCAUAUACCACACUUAAUUAUCUGCUUGCUACAAACGAUUAUAAUCCUUAAAUGGUCUUUAAGGAGUUAGCAGUAGUGGUAAAAGAGGUAAUUAUUAUAAAUUAGUUGCUAGAGCCAAAAGAAAGUAUUUUUAUGAAAGAAAAUCUAAAAUUAAUAUAACGAAAUAUGGUCUUCCCAAAUAUACUGUUCUAUAAACAGAAUGAAGUAUAUAACCC